CCGGUCGAAUGUUGAAAAAAGUUGGUAAGGAUAUUCCAACGAAGUCCGGGACAAAAACAAAUCCUAAAUCUCAAAAAGAGGUUCCCGGUCAAAUGUUGGACAAAGCUAGUAAGGAAAUUCCAACGACGUCCGGGACAAAAUCUCAAAUUAUGAUGCGUCUUGAGAAAAUGGUGGAAGAGUCAGAUAUUAUGCACGGCGCCAUCCGUAGUGUAGAUAUGGAUGAAGGUGUUUUCGGAAUUGCUCAUUCCGAAUUAAUUGCAAAGGAGGACAUGCAACAACUUUUUGAACACGAAGAAUUGGGCAUCGCUGUCAUUCAUACAUACAUAUGGUACUCCGAUCAAUCUAUUAUUUACUUAGUUGAACAAUUUAUUUACACAUUUCAAUGAGUAGUCUAAUGUUUAUUAUGUUUCUAUUUAAGGUAUAUGUAUGACACAUUGA